AUGCGUUUCCUCGCUCUCCUCCCCCUCCUCCUUGUCGCUCUCUACCAGCUCGACCAAGCGCUACCUCGGUUCUACAUCUUCGACCCGAAGAAGCUCCAGGAUCUAUCCAAAGCUUCAAUUGAGCGACACCCGAACAAUGUGACUGCAUUGAUGGCGGAUCUCAAUCAGGCGCUGCGUCUGGAAUACGGGCAUAAGCAUGUGCUGCCUUUUGAUACGGAUCAGGAUCGAUGGGUUUUCAGCAACCACGGCAACGCAAUGGGAGCAAUGCUCAUCCUCCACGCGUCGAUAAGCGAAUAUCUCAUUUUCUAUGGCACUCCCUUGGGAUCCGAGGGCCACUCGGGCGUCCAUCUUGCAGAUGACUACUUUACGAUCCUGCACGGUGUUGAGCGACGGUUCAUGCCCGGCGAGCUCGAGGCGACGGAAUAUUAUCCCGGAGACCAGAAUUGGCUGAAGAGAGGGAUGGGAUCGCAGUAUCAGCUGCAUGGAUGGGCGUUGGAGUUGGCGCAAGGCUGGAUUCCAUCGAUGCUUCCGUUUGGCUUUGUGGAUACCUUUACGAGCACAUUGGACAUUAUGAAUCUUUGGAAGACUGUUUACUGGACCGCAAAAGGUAUGGUUGGGCAGCUCUUGCAUGAGCAAACCGGGAGCCCAGAAAUACAGCGUUUGCACAUCUCCUCUAUACGGCCUUGUCAUAUAUGCCAAUACGGAGGUGAAUCGCGUGCUGCCAACGGCAAACCGAGGUUCAAUGAAGAUCAGGCACCAUCUCGCGCCUGCACGCUAAACGCCGGUCCACUGCGGGAUGACGUCAUUGGCGUUUAA